AAUAGUUGCGGCGUUUGGCGAGUGACGUCAGCCAUUUAUGCGAACUCGAUCGGAGAAUAUAACCAGUACCUAUGGCAGGGCAGCAUCAGUUGUUGAAGAGCUACCGGUUGUCAACUGCAGGUUCAGUGCUGGAGAGCCGAGGCUAGAGAAACCAGGAGUGCCCGGAAACAUGAGUCAAAUGGUUGCCAUCACGAGCCAACUGGCUGCCACAAAGAUAGCAGAUGCCACCCCAAAGGACAAGGAAAACAAGCCAGAGGCGGUGAAAAACUCCACCGAAAUGAUGACUAACGGCGAUGUCGGCGGCACCUCGGAACAAGAGCAGGAAUUCACCGAUCCUUUUUGCAAUGCCGAUAAUCCUCAGAUAAUUACCUUUCAAGAUGUUACUUCGGCAGCCUUCAAAAUAAAGAAGGGAAUCGAGUACACGCCAUGCCCGAAAUCGCACCUCUCCGAAAUGGUUGAUAUGGACAUCUACCUGAAGAAGGAAUUCCUGCAGUUCACCGGAAGCUUUAAGGAGCGCGGAGCCCGCUAUGCCCUAAUAAUGCUGUCGGACGAACAGAAAAAGAAGGGAGUGAUAUCAGCUUCACUGGGAAAUCAUGCUCAGGGCCUCAGCUACCACGGUUGGAAACUAGGCAUCCCGGUAACCGUUGUUAUGCCAUCAAAGGCAUCCCUCAUGAAAAUACAAAAGUGCCGUAACUAUCGUGCCACUGUCAUUGUUAAGGGUGUUGAUAUGGGUGAAGCAAAAAAGAUUGCACUCCGGAUGGCGCACGAGACGGGACUGACGUACAUCAACGGGUAUGACCACCCGCACAUCAUGGCCGGCCAGGGCACAAUUGGACUGGAAAUUGCGGAACAAGUGAGCGACGUCGAUGCCGUGGUCAUUCCGGUUGGCGGAGGCGGACUCAUCGCGGGGAUUGCCACUGCCAUUAAGAACUUAAGCCCGCAAACCAAAAUCAUUGGUGUAGAAUCGGAAAAGUGUCCCAGUUUCACAAAGGCACUGGAAAACAAAGCUCCAAUAUACACUCCCAACCAGGCAACGCUGGCCGACGGUUUGGCAGUACCGCAAGUCGGUUAUAAUGCAUUCGCUACGACCGUCCCGUUGCUGGACAAAAUGAUAGUGGUGAAGGAAGAGUGGAUUGCUUUGGCCAUUUUGCGAUUAGUCGAGCUGGAAAAAUGUGUAGUGGAGGGUGCCGGCGCUUCCGGAUUAGCAGCAAUUCUCGCUGGCCAUUUGGACGAGUUCAAGGGAAAGAGAGUUGUCCUGUUGGUUUGCGGCGGAAACAUCGACACUACCAUAUUCGGUCGAUGCUUGGAACGAGGUAUGGCUGCUGAGGGUCGAUUGCAAAGAUUCACCGUACGGGUCAGCGAUGCUCCCGGAGGGGUAUCAAAGUUGUGCAACCUGUUGGCCAAUCUUGGCGUUUCCAUUAAAGAUAUAAUGCACGAACGUGCUUUCAUUCGCGACGUGAAUUCUGUUGAGGUCAAAGUGAUUUGCGAGACUCGUGACUGGCAGCAUUCACAGGAGAUGCGGAAAAUGCUGCAAGAGACAUACCAGGAAGUUUACUUCUACGAGAUGCCGAUGGCUAUUUGACCGACGUGUGGUGUGGUCGGUUGGUUGGUGCCAGUCCGGUUGAAAGUGAAACAAUGGGCAAGGAGCAGCCGGUGUUUAUUCAACUGAAUCACAUUGCAACAACGGUGAGGAGUGUGAUCUGGCGGCGAUCGGUGCAACAAAAAGCGAAUAAACCAUUUUCUGUUGUUUUCCA